ACCCGCUCGCGCCCCCGCGGGCGUAGUUCGUGGCUCAGCGCAGAAGGGCCUUUCCUUUCCCCACCCUGGUGCAGUGGACACGGGCCUCUGCCCACAGCUAGCGUUGCAUUGGGAGGCGGGAGAGGGGCGGGAGACGGAGUCCACUGCACCCGGGGCUUUAAGGGCUGCCAGCCACCCAGCUGCUCUCCCGGGAAUCCCCGCGGGCACAGGUGGCACUGAGGGUGCGGAGAGCGGCUCUGUUUCUCGAAAUGGAUGUGACAGAGAAUGAAGACGUCCUGGUGCAUGAUGAGUUUCUGGUCUGUGGUGGAGUUGUGACCCACGUCCUGAAGUGUGGGCCCUGGUCUGACCUCUUCAGCACCAAGGAUAGCCCUAAGCUGCUUGUCCUCAUAAUUACAGGUAACCCAGGGGUUCCUGCCUUCUACACGGAGUUUGUGAAGGCUUUAUACCUUAGCCUGCAGAAGCGCUACCCUGUGUGGGUCAUAAGCCAUGCUGGCCAUGUUUCAGCCCCGCGAGGUGUCAAGGUGGAUGAGGAAGUCCCCAAAGAUCCAAGUCCGAGAAAACUGGAUGAUGCCGUUGGACUUGAAGGCCAGGUGGAGCACAAGCUCGCCUUCCUGAGAAGGUGCGUGCCGGCAACGCUGAGGUUGGUGCUCAUCAGCCACUCGGUGGGCAGCUACAUCCUGCUGGAGAUGAUGAAGAGAGCCCCUCAGCUUCCGGUUCUCCGCUCCCUCUUGCUGUUUCCAACAAUAGAGAGAAUCGCUAAAACGCCCAACGGUCAGCUGGCGACUCCUCUCCUCUGCUGGCUGCGCUACGCCCUUUACGUGCCCAUCUACAUCGGACUCAGCCUGCUCCCAGCAAGAGUCCAGGCCAUCUUGGCCAAUCUGAUUCUUCAGAGCCUGAAGAUGGAGAAUGCAGUCACAUCCCGGCAUGUAAUGAAUUCGGUUAACAUGGACUGCAUUGCAAAUGCUAUGUAUCUGGGAAGCCAAGAAAUGAGGACCAUUUUGGAGAGAGACAACGACACCAUCCAGAAACACUUAAAGAAGCUGACCUUUUACUACGGAACUUCAGACUUAUGGUGCCCAAUCCAGUUCUAUGAAGAUAUUAAGAAGGAUUUUCCCAGUGGAGACAUUAAGCUCUGUGAGAAAGGUAUCAACCACGCCUUCGUCAUGUCUUCCAACCAGGAAAUGGCCACCAUGAUUGCAGACUGGCUAAAAGAUGACCUGGCCAAGAUCUAGCACAGACAGCGCAGGGCAGGGGCCAAGGAGUAGGUGUGUGUUGGCAGGAGGCUUGAUCGGGUGGUAGGCAGCUAAGGAAAUCUUCAUUUGGCGAUUCUAAUGGGAGGGAGCUUAUUGAAAAGGAGGGUCGGGCUAAUGAAUCUCAACAGAAUCAUCCCCCACUUGGGAAUCUGAAACGAAAAUGAAAUGAGAGGAAGACUUGAUUUCUCUUGGUAAUGGGGAAAAAAUGUUCCAUGAGUAGAUACAGCACCAGCCACAUGGGGUGGGAAGAUUUCUUAAAUUCAGAGUUAGAAAAUAGAAACCUGUGCGCUCAUAUAAUGAAGUGUGAGAAUGGAGAGAAGUCCGAAGGUGUGUUUAGAAGGUGCACCUGCGAGGCCUUUUGAGGUAGCCCUGUCAGACGCUGGGAAGGCCAGGACCACUAGGUCCUCCAGGCUCUGUGCCAACAGAGUGAAUUCUCCUUCUAAAUGAGGACACAUUGGUGGUCAGUGCUGUUUGAUACGUGAGCUCAUCGGGGCCUGAGUACACUACAAAAGAUGUGUGUUGGCAUGGGAUGAGUCCUGGCCUAGCAGGUAGGACCUGGGGCUUCCUCCCCAAGCCUCAGUCUCCUCAGCUAGAAAAGGAAAGGUUAGGCCAGGUGAUCUCCAAGACCCCUCCCAGCUCUGACAUCCAGUGGCAGUGAUUCUGCACAUGGGAACUGAAAAACAACAUGGCAGCUUCUUCCCACACCUUGUGCCCGGGUUGCCCAAUGUGUCGGCCAGGUCAAGUGGUGCUCAUUUUGCAUCUCCUGAGUGUUAGAGCCUCGAUGAAGGAUAGAGAGCCUAGACAGGUCCCAGAAGACCUACCUCAGCUUCUUGUCCAGAAAACACGGAGCUCUUCCUAUCCGACAGCUAAGCUGUGACCCCCCAGACACCCCCACAGCCUGGACAUGAGAACCCCUUGUCUCCUGGAGUCUGUUUUCUGUCUAUGUAAAUGCAGGGCCACUAGGUCUACAUGAAAUGAGGCUUCCAUCAGGAUCAGGCCUGGGAUGCAUGGGCCCAGGCUCAGACUCAGUCUGUGGUUUGGGCCCCCAUGCCCACCAAGGGAUCACAGUGAUCAUGGCCAUCCUGGAGGAACUUUUGUACUCACCAAGAUGGAGUUUCAGGAUGUUGUGGGGCCAGUCUCCUUUUGGCUUUGACUUCAUGGUGCAGGUUUGUCAUGCUUGAUUAAAAACCGAGAAAUGCUCCUGGAUCACCAUUAAUAAAUCCAUCACGUUUUGAAA